UCUUCGAAUUGAGUUGAAGAGGGCAUUUGUGAUCUUUAAUGAUUUUCUCAGCCUCGUUUUGAUAGUUCAGAGUUUAAAUGCAUCUUGUUUCCUAACCGUUUCCUAAUUUUCAGAUUGCUGGAAUCACAAACAACUCCUAUUUAAAGGAAUCACAUGAAGUGCGCCAUUGUGUACUCAAGUAUCCGACCCUUGGAAAAUCUGUGCUUGAAGUUGCAAAGAAGAGGUUGGACAAUAUGCUGUAUGUUGGACUUACCGAGAACCACAAAGAAUCAGCCUCGAUGUUUGCCAAUGUGGUCGGUGCACAGGCGAUUUCUCAGUUAUCAACGUUGAGUUCUAACAGAGAUGUUGCAAAUAACAGCGAUUCAGAGCUCCUUGCUUCUGGAUUCCCAAAAGAGAAAUGACACUUCUGAAAAGGUAAAGAAAGUUUCAUCAAUUGGCAAGGACGAAGAAACAAAUAAGAACAUGUCUGUCAGUGAACUUAUACAAGAAUAUGAGUCUUGUAAUUCAAACGUAUGGAACAGCCAAAAAGAGAGACGCACAAAAUCUUUGAAGCAUAUUUCUCCUGCAAACUUUACGAAAGAGGCCCGUCGUCUUGUUCCCAAGGUACUUAUCCAGAAGAUUACAUCACUCAACAGCCUAGAUAUGGAGCUUUAUAAUUAUGGCCGGAGCAUCUUCUUGAAGCAACAGGCACGUGUGUUGCAGAACAUUGUUGAUACAAAGAAGCAAGAAACAACACUUACUGAGAGCGCAUACAUUAUGUCAUACGGCUCCCCCUCUUGGAAAGUCCUUUCCUUGGGCACCGCCGGUCUCUUAUAG